UGAUUUAAAACCUUUUUAUAUAUCUAAAUUCAAAGAAAACUUUUCUUAGAGAAAGAAAAUAUUUGCAAAUGCCAAGUCUGGCCAGAGAUAUUCUCACAUACUACAAGGUGAUUGUCAUCGAUAGUUGUAUCAUUGAUAUGACAUACUUGUUUUAUGGCCUCUGUGUGAUCAUCUCGCUGAUUGGAUAUAUUAUUGGAGGCUGUAUGCGCAGCGUAAAGCAUGUGUUGUGUGCCACUGAUCGCCGUUUGGUCCCCAGUUCAUCGACCCGUGAUGACUAUGUGCCAUGGAGCUGGAAGGGUCCCAGUCAUGAGCAUUUGCGUCGCAUCACCCAGUAUGUGCAUCAUCCACCACCCACAGUAAGGGGCGAAGUACCCGAAGACUUGUUGAUCCGUCUACGGGUACUGGCCGAUGUGCAACAGUUAAUCCAUUCGCGCCAAGAAGCAAGACUUGUGCAUUUAUAGAAAAAGUGCAGCUAAAUUAAAAAGUGUACUCAAAUUAAAUGCUUUUUCAUAGGUA